AAUCAAUAGCCCAUUACAGCUGACUGUAUCUCCUACCUCUUCUUUAGCUCCAGUUAAAAUGUAAUUGCUUGCAGCUUAAUUUUUCAGUGACUGACCCUUUUACAGUAUCAAACCAUGGCUAAGAUUGAUGGAGCCAGCCUAGGCUACGCAUACCACCUGCCUUCAGGUGGGUGCCUACUGCGCCUGCGCAACGCCUUGUCUCAGUUUAGUGACUUGUUCAGCGAGUUCAACAAAUACAUAGCUCCUGCCUACCAUCAUGAUCGCUGUGAGAGAUCGGUCCAGAUGCGACUGUAUUCCAUGCAGAAAGGAGAAUUCGUUAUGGUCUUCCUUGCCUUUUUCUGCUGUCUUGGCCUCAGUGUUUUCAUUGGUUUAGCAGGUCCUCCCAUCACCAAGACCUCACAUAUAAAAGGCAGCUCUGUAUUGGAAACCCACAAUCUCAGCUUGGACCUGAUGGCUCAAGGACCAUUUCCCAUCCAGAGUCCCUCCAUCACAGUGUACAGGCAGCAACUGUGGGUCAUAGCCGUCAUGCAGACUGACAACUCUGAUGAUGAAGUCUAUGAAAAGCCAUUCCAGGUUUCUAUUUCUAUUGAAGGCAUUUCUCCUGGACAUAAGAAGAUUCCUGUGAUGCGGUCUGACAGAUACCACAACAGAACGAGACACUUGCGGUGUGCCAAGCAGACAUGUGAGCCUGUCACAGUAUUACAUCUCGGGUACUUGUAUUUCUCCCGCUACUUGUUCACCGUUCAUCUCUACGGUCUGCAGAGCUUCCACAAGCUUUACCACAUCCGGGAAAUUAACUUCUUUUUCAAAAGUUACAACCCUGGCUUCACACAAAUCGAGAUGUGGUUUCGACUUAUUUUUCUGAUGGUAACCUUUGGAGUUACGUGCUGGUUUUCAUUGACUUUACGAACAUUCUUCAUCCAUGACUGGUCCAUAGAACAGAGAUGGAUGUCAGUUCUUCUUCCUUUGCUCAUCCUGUACAACAACCCGAUCUUCUCUCUGACAUUCCUCAUGGACUCAUGGGUGCCAGGAAUGCUGGAUGCUGUAUUCCAGGCAUCAUUCCUAUGUGCUCUUCUGCUGUUCUGGCUCUGUGUAUACCAUGGACUCAGGCAGAAUGAGCGUCGCCUACUCACAUUCUACCUACCCAAGCUGCUGAUCGUAGGUCCGGUGUGGCUGUGUGCUGUUACCAUGGCGACCUGGCAGAAGUAUAAUGAGCACCUUGAUCCUACCUACAGCUACCAGCUGGAUACUUCUUAUUUCUAUAGUUUCAAACUAACAUUCUUCCUGUUCCUGGGGCUCUAUAUCACAUACUUGUUGUGCCUUAUCCUACGAGCCUACAGUGAACUUCGAUCCAUGCCGUUCUUUGAUAUGCGGCUCAAGUUUGUAACCCUGUUGAUGCUAAUCGUGCUGUCUAUCAGCAUGUCCAUCACAGUAUCCAGGUUCGGUCUGGGUGUGCUGGAAGACAAUUUUGUGGCCGACCUUUCAACAAACUAUGCGAGCUCUGCGCAGUUCAUGGCCUGCUACGGUCUCCUCAACUUUUACCUGUAUACAAUGGCUUACGUCUACUCCCCCAGCAAAAAGACCAUCUUUGAAACUGGGAUUACCAAAGACAAUCCAGCAUUCUCGAUGAUCAAUGACUCGGAUGAAGAUGUAAUCUAUGGAUCUGACGAAGAGAGCAGACAGCCACUGAACAGGAAUCGCAAUGAUGAUGACAGUGACUAAAGGGAUGGGUGGGGGACAAUGAACUCUCCUGACCGAGGAGUCUUGGGUUACACGGAUUGACAGCUGUGAAAGACUCAAAGAAUUCUUACUAAAACAGUAGCAGGUAAAUGAAUGAGGUAGUGUUUUUUAUUUAUGGCCAUAAUUUUAUUUUUUCAAAGUGUAAUUUUCAGUUUUUGAUAUAAAUUAUUUAGUAUUGUCUUCCAAGAAAUACUUUUCAGUAGUCAUGCAUACACAGAGUCUCUACAUUUUUGUUAUAAAUAAAAAAAUAACAUUACAUAUUUUAUAAUGUUAUUUAUUUUAAAUUUUUAUAAUGUCGGUAUUAUAUAUUUGUUCAGUAGUACAGUCAAUGAUUCAGAGAGUAUGCCAACUAUUAGGGUUGUGACUGCACGUGCAAGAGCUGAGUCAGUGAGGGAUACCAACAGGGGCCUCGAUCCUUUAAACAGAGUUUUAUGUUUUAUUUAAACAAUUUUAUCUCCAUUUUCCAUACUUAGAAGAGAUACAUAUUUGGCCAGAGAAUAAGUUAAGCACUAACUUAUUGUUUUACCUGCAACUAUAUACUAGUGUAAUGUUUAAGUAGUUAUUUGUAUUAAAAGUGUAGUGAAAUUUUUACAACUAUAUACUACUACAUGCCAAAGUAUGUGAUGUGUAAAUUUUUAAAUAUGUUUACAUGUAAACUGUUAACUCAUUGUACAAAUCUGAAAGCAUAAUUUAUAAAUAAAUUUAAUGUGUUAAUA